AUGGCCCGCGCUUCGGUUUUUGUGUUCUUUGCAUACCUUCUUUGCUUGGUUGCUGCCGCACCGAUCCUGAUCUCAGGCAACACCAUCCAAAAGCGGGCGUUCGCUCUUCAAGACUACGCUGAUUUCCAAAUUUCCGAUGGUGUAGCUGGCGAUGCGGAAGCGCUCGCAAAGGCUGUCUUCGUCGAUCCAUUUGAAGGCGUUGACCUCGCCACCGUCAGUGAUCAAACGCAGAAGGAUGUCGAGACUAUGCGCAAGGCAGCUGAGGCAGCCGAGACUGGUCAAUUCAACCCAGCCAUCGACGCUGCCGACGGCGCUGAAGCUGAUGCCCUCCAAAACGGAAAAAUAAAGAACAAGGUUUUGAAGCUGACUGGAAGCGUCCAGGUGCUCAAUAUCAAGAUUGCGAAAGCCACGGCCAAGGGCGACGAUACUAGUGACCUUGAGACCAAGCUCCAGACACAACUUGGGAAGUUGAACAAGAAUAUUGCCACUGAUGUAGCAGCUGCAGGCGAAGCAUCUAAGGGUGUUGUCUAA